AGACAUGAACGUAUAUCUGUACAGCUGCUAACUCUCCUUCCCCCCAGUUUCUCAUUCUCUUUCGAUCUCCUUCGAACCCUAAUCAUAACCCUAACCCUAACCCUUGAGGCCGAGGGUUCGGUGGCAGAUGGACGCUCACUCCAACUACCAUCUUUUCGAGAGGCGCCCCAUUGUCAAGUCGAAGACUCCCGCUGUCAAGUGGGUCAAAGAAUGGGUGCCACAAGAUCUUGUAGCAACUGGUGGGAAGUGCUUAGUUUAUAAAUGGGUCACGGAGGACACAUUGAAGGCACUGAAAGAGAAGGCAAAAGAGCCACAGGCACCGGAACCAGAGCCUGAACCAACUACUGAAGUUCUUUUUCUUUGCAGCUAUGAAGGCUGUGGAAAGACCUUUAUUGAUGCUGGGGCUUUGAGGAAGCAUUCACAUAUCCAUGGCGAGAGACAAUAUGUUUGCCAUUAUGAGGGGUGUGGAAAGAAAUUUUUGGAUAGUUCAAAGCUGAAAAGACACUUCCUGAUUCAUACAGGAGAGAGAGAUUUUGUGUGUCCUCAUGAAGGCUGUGGGAAGGCAUUCUCUCUAGAUUUCAAUUUAAGGUCACACAUGAAAACACAUUCACAAGAGAACUACCAUAUCUGCCCCUAUCCAGAUUGUGGAAAGAGAUAUGCUCAUGAGUACAAGUUAAAGAACCACAUCAUGUCUCACCAUGAAAAGAGUGUGAUGGAUGUGCCCAAGUAUGUGCCGCCUGCAGAGAAGCUAACAAAGACUCCGAAGCCAUCUGGAGGAGUUUAUGGCUCUGCAGCGUCUGACCGCCCUUAUUCCUGUCCUUAUGAAGGGUGUGAAAAAUCCUACAUCCAUGAAUACAAGCUGAAACUCCACUUAAGAAGAGAGCACCCUGGUCAUAUCUCAGAUGAGAAUGCUGAGAACGCCCAAGCUAAUAUUGAUAAUGAGCCCGAUGAAGGCAGUGAUCAAGAUGCCUAUGUUGGAAAACGUGGGAAUGGCAAGAGUCAGAAAGCGAGCAAGGCCAAGUCAAACUUGAAGAUGCCUCCUUCAAAGGUUACACAGCGCAAAGCCUCAAAUCCACCUCCUGCCAACUUGAAUGUAAUCAAGAAACAGUGGCCAGUCAAAGAAGAAAUUUACGAGGAAGAAGAUAGUGAAGAAACAGAAGAGGACCGCGACAAUGUUGAGGAUGGAUGGAGGUAUGCUGAGAACAAUGAGGAUGACGACGAGGAGACAGAGUAUGAGGACUAAGUCAAUAUCAUGGCACCUCCUGUGUAUCUCACCUUCCCUGCUCUCAUAUGAAACUUUUAUUCAUUUAUUUAUUUUCUGUAGGGACGGGUAAUAGUGUUUUACAAACUUAAAUGGAAUUGCUUUGGGGAAGCAGUUUAUUAGAAAAUAAAUUCCUAUAAAGAAUUAAGUUACUCUGUGUAAUUUUGUAGCUGGAUAAUCAUACAACCUUCUUGAUAGUGUUUUGUAAAUUUACUGGUAUUCCUUUUGGGUACAUGGUAUAUUAGAAAAUAAUGCUUCUAUUGAGAAUUAA